CAGCACGCAGGGGGAUGCCUUGUUCGGCACCGUCUUCUCACCCACGUUCCUCUUGGGGUGGCGGGAGCCCAAGAACUUCCUCCUGCGUUUCAAGACCUUGGGUGGACGGGUGACAGCCAUGGGACCUUCUUGGACCUGCACCAAGCCCGCUGCAAAGCCAGUUACAGAUUUUACAGGAUUAAACUCAAAAGCGCUUGUGAAUGAGAGUUACUGGACAAUGGAUUUUCAGAUUCCUGGUGGUGUAGUUCCUGGGGAUGCAACGGUCACUUCGUCACAUACCAUCAGGUGUCAGACCCCGAUCACGGCUCCUGAAGGCUUUAUAGAAAGCAUUGGUUCAAUGUCUUCUACCAUGGUGGCUGUUUCUCUGCUCACUGGGGCACCAGUUUCCCUUGAGCUUGUGGUGCAGGAUGGAGACGAUACGCAGAUCUGGAACUACGUGGAUGUCGUUCCGGAUGGCGGCGAGACGUACUACAUGGAAUAUACUCCUCCCAGGACAGGGCACUUCAGUGCCUCAGUGAGGGCUUGGAACCUGCUCAACUAUACUGACCUAAUUGUGGGUGUCAGCGUCAUUCCGACGAUAUUAGAAGACGAGUGGGAGGUCGUUAGUGUCAUGCCGUGGGCUACACCUCCCGGAAAUGUAACCCUGACCCUCUCCUGCCUGGGAUCUGAUGAUCCGCCAUGGACUGCAAAUUCCUCUCUCACAGAUGGCACUGGAGGUGUUCAGCUAGUAGAGGUGGAUCCUGAUGAUCAAGCUACGGCAGGCUUCACCUUCUCCUCCAACUUCACCCUCACCCUUCCUCACCUUGCUGUUGGUAUCCACACUCUAACCGUCAACUUUUCCAACGAGGUUUCUUGGGUAACACUUCCAGUCACGGUGGACAUGAGAGAGGCCAUAGCAAACAUCUCUGCCAUCAUCGGCAUACUAGUGGAAGAGGGAGGGGUGCCUCUUCCACCAGGAGAGCUCGAUGGUCUACCAGUCAUACCCUCCAUGGUGCCUAUCGUGUUCUUCCCCACAGCUGUCAAAGGAAUUCCGUUGUAUUGGGGUCUCUUUGACGAGAACGAUGAUGCUUUAAACAUGACAGAGACCAAAGAUCAAACGCUCCAUUAUUAUUUCAAAAACGAAGGGUUGCGCAAUCUUACGGUGAAAGCCUACGCAGAGGCAGAGGGUUGGGUAGCAGCAGACCAGCCUCUGAAAUUCCAGGUGUUGAACAAGAUCCAAGGCCUCAGCAUCACUGACUACAACAUCAUCACCCCCGCCGGUCAGAGCAAAUUGUUCAGCGUGUCUUUGGAAGUGUUCCACCCCAUCACAUGCCUCAUUAUCGACUACAAUGACGGCUCCCCAGGGGAGGUGUACGGUGCAUCUUCGCUCUGCCAGACCAAGAAUUCUACAGCCGCUUACAUGGGCGGGCCCAUCACCAACCCCUUCAACCUCACCCACGUCUAUCAGCAAGAGAAUCUGUACAAUGUAACAGUGAUAAUGGAAGACCUGCUGAUAAUCCUGAGGCAGCGCCUGCCGGUGGUGGUUGCCAACCUGCCGUGCAAGGCCCCAAAGGUGUGGCUGCCAAAAAAUGUCUCCACACCGCUUGAAGCCCCCGUUGUUAUGCGAUCCCGGCCACUCAGAGUGACAGCCGAGGCCCACGUGGAGUGCAAUGGAACUGUAGCAACUAAAAAGUCAUGGACCGUCACCAAGGUGGAGGGGGAGGACGCCAAGCCCGUUCAAGAUAUCCUUGUGGAGGGAAUCUUGUCCUCGUGGAAUUUUUCCGAGCUCUCUGUUCCCGUCAGGUUCCUAGACUACGGCACGUACCUCUUCACAUAUCGGCUUCAGCUUCUGGCAUCAAAAAUUUUCCCUCUCUUCAGAACAACAUCUACAUACUACACGGUGACCAAGACUCCUCUGCAGGCAGUGAUCAUCAAGGGCGGCAUGUCCAAAAUUAGUUGCGGGUAUGCCAAAUCACUGGUGCUUGACCCCCACCAGUACUCCCAGGACCCAGACUGGCCGGACAUCAAGAACUUCACGUACACAUGGUUCUGUCGGAGUCUGACAGACCCUGGUCACCCCAUGGAUGCCGAGGGCCGCCCUACGGCAUACAACAUGCACGCCAUCCCGACACCAUUGGCCGCUGCCGGGAGCACUGGUGGUGGCUGUUUUGGAAAUGGACCAGGUACCCUCGAUUAUUCCUUGGGCCUCCUUAACCUCGACACCUCUUCCUUCACGCAUCCCGACAAGACCUACGAGAUACAAGUCAUGAUAAAGAAGGAUACGCGCUUCGCAGUGGCACGAGUGUUGGUUGAGGUCAUGAAGUUAAGCCCUCCAUCCAUCGACAUAAAGUGCGCUGAUCCCAAACUCUGCAUGCCAACCUUCGACGGUCUGCUGGUGAAUCCUUCUUCCAGAGUCGCCCUCCAAAGUGUGUGUUCUGACAACUGCCACAGUGACAUGCAGUACUCGUGGAACAUCACCACCUUUACAGGCGAGCCGGUAGUUGAGGAGGUGGACUGUUCAACGCCGUCCGUCACCACCCCUUCACCUGACGGAGAGGCCUCCCUGUCUCCUGAUCCGUGUCCACCAGUGGUGCCAACCGGGAAGUACAGCAAAGACAUUGCUGUAGGUAGCGGCCUCUUCCUGAUGAAUCCAGGUAUAGAGAAGUUUAAGCUGACCCUGACAGUGACUACGCCCUCUGGGGCAAGAGGAGAGUACGUCAUGACACUCGUUCUCAACAAGCCCCCGACGGGAGGCUCAUGUAACAUUAACCCAGCUGUAGGAUUUGCACUCAUCUACAAGUUCCACAUCGAGUGCUCAGGCUGGGCUGACCCAGAGGAAGCAGGCGUGGACCAGUACGUCUUCUUCAUGUACGUGGAAACCGACGGAGCACCUCUAAAGGAAACCAUCGUGUCUGCCACCAACCCUAAAGCCGACCUCAUAUUACCUGUCGGCAUAUUUACAAUCUACUGCGAAAUCUGGGAUAAAUUCGGAACAUACGUGGAGGUAGAAGUUGGAUCAGUAAUGGUACAGCUGCCGUCGGAGGAAGAUGUUAUGGCCUUUGCGACGACGGACCAGAUUGAGUACUUGACAGCCAUCGGGGACCAGUUUACGAUAGGCAUGAUGCUGAAGGCUCAAGCUUCAGUAAGGGAACACGCGCCGUGGCUCUCUCUCAACAUGGACACCUUGGGCAACCUCACCGCCGACGAAAUGGACAACAGACUAAAAAACGUGGCCAAGAUGAACACGGAGGCCUUGAAGGCAGCAGUCAACACGAUGACUGCAGGAAAUCUGGCCCAGCUGAACGUGAUGGCCGGCGUGAUGCGCACCGCCGUGGACGGUAUCGACAAAGCGGAAGCUGCUGCAAAGACUGUAGAUAUGGAGGCCAGGGAGACUGCCCUUGAGUUGCUAGAGACCAUGACGGAGAGCCUAGACAAGAUCGAGGUGACUUCACCGCAGGACCUGGUGCCCUUCUUGGCCUCUUCCCUCAGUGCAAUGGGAUCCAUCAUGAGCGGUGUCAGAAGAAUCAUCGAGGGCGAGAAUGUCACUAAUGUCCCCCCGACUGACACUGAGGCGGCAGUCAACUGGGACUACGAAACCGACAUUGGUGACGACCUGGACCUUGAAAUCCCGCUCAGCAAAACGGAAAUGCUUCAGCAAAACGUUAUUGACACGACAAGGAGAAAGGCCGAGCAACAGAUAAACCAGAUGAUGGAAAUGGUCCAAAAGAUUGGUCGAGCCAUGGAAAACCGAAGUGUGGAGGGAGAGGUCGUCUUAGCACAGGCACCCAACGGGGCUGCUAUGAUGGUAGCAAAGAUGUCUGAGGAGGUACUUAGAGCAGGAAUGAAGGUGGCGGUGACAAAAGGAGGUGGUAAUGUUCAGCUCCCAAGGGGAUUUUGUCCUUCCAGUUACCAAGGGAAGGAAGGCUGCAAUAGAAGUUUUUCUAUUACGGCUGUCGAGUGGCCGGGGAUCACACACUCCUACGCACCUACUUCUGAACAACUCUCCAAGAAGACUCGAGUCGUCAGCUUGGAUGUGUUCCUUGAAGGGGGCCUGGUGAAUGCCUUCAAUGUAAACGAUGGAAUCCUUAUUGAGAUUUUAAGAGGCGCGGAGCAACUGCCGGAGCCUGUGCUGGUGACGGGCACGGAGGCGCGCAGCAGGAUGGGUCCCCAGCCGCUUGUCUACCACAGCUUUAACGUGACAAACAAUAAUGCUGCCGUCAAUAUCGAAAUCUCUGUCAACGGUUCCAUGGGCCCCAGGCUGAUGGUGCUGAUAUGCCACAAGUCGCUGCCAACACCAACGAGCUAUGACGUUUUGAGACAUGUGGAGACCAUCCCUACCAACGAUUUGGGAGUACAUGACUUGUUCCUGGGAGGAAGCACCAUCAGAAACAGGACUGGGCGCUUCUUCUUGGCCAUGGCAGUUUUGAAGGAAGGCACAGAUGCAGCGGCGCUCAAUGCCGGGACCACCAACCUCACUUCCGACAUGCUGAGUUGGGAUGUGGACGGGACCUACUCUUUAAGAAUCUUUACCUCCGGCUGUUAUUUCUUCAACGAUACAGCACGUAGCUGGACCAAUAAUGGUUUGGAAGUCGUCAGUGCCACGUACCGAAAUACUCAGUGCAGAUCAUCGCAUCUUACAUCCUUUGGCUCCCGCUUCUUUCCGACUCCGAACUCCAUCAGAUUUGAUUUUAUAUUUGCUCACGCUGGCUUCCUGGACAACACAGCCAUCUAUGUGACCCUGGCCAUCACCGUCUGCCUUUUCCUGUGUCUUCUUGUGUGGGCGAAAAUAAAAGACAAAACUGAUAUUAAGAAGCGAGGAGUUGCGCCGCUGCCAGACAACAAUGUGAAGGACCGAUACCUCUACGAGAUAGUUGUCUACACCGGCAGCGACAAUGAGGCCUCCUGUGAAUCAAAAGUACAGAUCAUCCUGUCCGGAGAGUGCGGGGAGUCCGAGGUGAGGACUCUAGAGGACAAAGAGAGAAAAAUAUUUUGCAGGAAUGGAAUCGACUCGUUUGUAAUGGCCGAGCCGAGACCCCUAGGAGACCUGCAGUACCUAAGGAUUUGGCAUGACAACUCUGGGGAGGGUAUUUUCGCCUCGUGGCAGCUGGCCUUCGUAAGCGUGAGGGACCUGCAGACACAGCACAAAACUCUCUUUAUCGCAAACCGUUGGCUCGCUCUUGACCACGACGAUGGAGAGAUCGACGUCACCUUGUCCUCCUCGAGCAUGGAUGAACUGACCAACUUCAGUCACCUGUACGAAGCCAACAAGCAGCGGGGCAUAAAAGACAGACAUAUUUGGUUCUCUGUGUUCUUCAGGCCGCCAAGGUCUCGGUACACUCGUGUGGAGCGCACUGCAGUGUGUGCAGGCUUUGUCUACCUCUCGAUGUUAUGCAGUGCCAUGUGGUACUCCACCAUCCCUGAUGAACCGAUGGGUCAAGGCUUCUUCGUACUUGGGCCUUUCUCUUUGACUACUGAAAAGGCAUCAGUGGGCUUGGCUUCUCUUCUUGUGGUCUACCCAGUGAUCCAGCUCAUCAUUUGGCUGUACAGGACGUCACAGCCACGGGUGAAGCCAUACUCCAGAGCCUUCACCGCCAGGCAUGACCAGCAGCAGUGUCAAAGAGAAGAUGUGGGCCUGCCGCGAGAGGAACCUGAACAGCACACCAAAACCAAGCAUGUGUUGAGUCUGACCAACACCGACGAGAGGCAUGAGAGGCCAUUCGUGCUGGGGUGGUGGGGCCGCGCUCUGGCCUGGCUUUUGGUUCUGGCAGUGAUCGGCAUCUCCGUGUUCUUCGUGUGGGCCUACGCUCUCCAGUUUGGUGCUGAAAAGACGAGUCGCUGGCUCACUUCCCUUCUCGUAACAUUCCUCAUGUCCAUCCUGGUGGUGGAGCCUCUCAUGGUGUUGUUUGGCGCGGCGGUGACGGCCUCCUGCUGCAAGAGGAAGGAAUUCUGGGCGGUGGAUGCCGAUGACAUUGACUUCGAUGAAGUGGAGCCAGACCUUGAAAUGGACGAAGAGUGGCAGCAUCUUGAGUUUCGCUAAAGUCUGGAUUGAGAAGUGAUCAUGAGGACGGCGUGUGAGUUGUCUUCGGACAUUCAGCGAUGGCUGAAAAUUUGUCAUUGUGUAGCUGAGGGCGUGACUUGAAAGCAGUUUCCAGAUUACCACGCGCCCACGCUGACCACUCAGCCACCGCCUCCCCUAAGAAAGAAACUGCUCGACAUGUGAAAUUUACAAAGUGGUUUAGAUAACGUCUUUAAGAAUGAUGCAGUAGCCCCACAUGCUGACGAAAACACAUGACAACUCUUUAAAUGUACCUUUAUUUAUGU